GCUGGUCCUAAGCAAUCAGACCAUUAAAACAAAUCAUCUAUUUUUGGUAUGAGAAUGAUCUCCAGAAAUUCAGCUUUGACACCUCCCCUCAAAUUGAUGCGGGUGAAUUGACUAGCAUCAAUUUGUCAACUAAGAACUGGUGGCGAGUCUUUGCCAAUGCUUUUGUAGAAACAUAUGUGGUUUGAAAUUCCGUGGACACAUGAGGCAAAGUAAUGAUGUGAUUAGUACAGGCUUCCCGAAUGUAGUGGCAGUCCACCUCAAUGUGUUUACUUCAUAUUCAUGAAGUACCGGAUUUUCAGCAAUACGUAUGGCACUCAGAUUAUCAGCAUGCAUAGGCGUGGGAUCCACUUGUGGAAAGCCUAAUUCAUAGAGCAAGUGACGCAGCCAAACAAUCUCAGAACACGCAGAAGACAUGGCUCGAUAUUCGGCUUCAGUGGAAGAUUUUGAAACCCUUUCUUGCUUCUUACAUUUCCACAAAAUAAGAGCAUCGCCAAGAUACAUGCAUCACCCAGUUGUAGAUCCAUGUGAGUCUGGACAUCUAGCCCAAACAGCAUCACUAUAAGCAGAAAGUUGGAUCGAUGAACCAGCUUUGUAGAAUAACCCACGCUCCGGAGUUCCCAAUAAAUAACGAAUGAUUCGCUUGACAGCUGCUAGAUGAAGAUGCUGAGGUUGGUGCAUAAAUUGACUCAUCAAAUUGACAGCGUAGGAAAUAUCCGGUUUGGUCAUUGUUAAGUAGACCAAGCUGCCUACUAGUUGUCUAUAUGCCGUAGGAUCGGAGAGUAAAUUGCCUUCAUCUUUUCGAUAUUUGGCAUUAACCUCAAGUAGAGUGUCCACUGGAGUUGAGUUCUCAAGACCAGCCAAAGCAAUAAGGUCUUUUGCAUAUUUGGACUGAUUAACAAAAAUCCCUUGAGUUGACUUAUGUACUUCAAGUCCUAGGAAGUAGGUGAGGGUUCCAAGAUUCUUCAUAUGAAAAGAAGAAUGUAGAGAUUCUUGUAGCUAUAUUCACCUUUCAUAUUCGUGCCCGUGAUGAUGAUGUUGUCGACAUAUACAAGGAGAAUAGUUAUACCAGCACCAGAGCGACGAAUAAACAGAGAAUGAUCAGUAGCACUUUGACUUAAACCAAGUUGAUGAAGAGUCUAAUGAAACUUUCCAAACCAAGCCUGCGGUGCUUGUUUUAACCCAUAAAGAGAGUGUCGUAGACGACAUACAUCUGUAAUAAAAUUCCUUUGGAUACCCGGAGGAAGUCUCAUAUAGACUUCUUCUUUAAGAUCACCAUGUAAGAAGGCAUUUUUCACAUCCAUUUGAAAUAAAGGCCAAGAUUGAGAAGCUGCAAUAGAAAUCAGUGCACGAACGGUUGUCAUUUUAGCCACAGGAGCAAAAGUCUCCUCAUAAUUAAUGCAUACUCUUGUCUAUUUCCAAGAGCCACCAACCGAGCUUUGUAUCGUUCUAAGGAGCCAUCAGAUUUAAGUUUAACUGAGUAAACUCAUUUGCAGCCAAUCGGUUUAUGGUUAAUUGGACAAGAGACAAUGUCCUAAGUGUGGUUUUUCUCUAGAGCUUCCAAUUCUUCCUGCAUUGCUUUUUGCCAACAUGAAUGUUGCACGGCUGGAAUUGAUGUCGGGGACGAAGUGGCUAAAAACGACAAGCGUUCUGGUGGUCUAGAUGGGCGAGUGGAUCUUCAAAGUUGAGGAGGUUUAGGACUUGGAUCAGGAGCCGGGGAGCAUUCGCGGUUAGGACCGUCUGGUAGAAUGGUAGUGUUACCUCUUCGCUGAUAUACAAUCUCAGGUUUAGACCUUGUCAAAUUUGGAGAAAUACUAUCGAAGUCAGGAAGGUAAGAGUAUGAUGGUGGAGGAGUAGAAGCAUGAUGAUUUUGGAAAAAAUACUGAUUUUCAACAAAGACAACAUGACAAGAAAUGCGAAUGCGACGAACGGAAGGAUCAUAACACAAAAAUCCCUUUUGAUUAGCCGCAUACCCAAAGAAUGCACAACGUAUAGAUUGCGCUGUUAAUUUGUUUCGAUUUGGCGCUGGCAAGUGAACAUAACAAAGACAACCAAAAGUAUGCAAUUGGUUGUAGUAGGGAUGAGUUUUGUGCAACCGAAAGUGUGGAGAUUGAUUUUGAAGAUUGGGUGAAGGUAGUUUAUUGAUUAGAUGCACAGCCGUAGAUAGAGCUUCGACCCAAAAAUGAGUUGGAACAAAUGCAUCAAGAAGAAGUGUUCUGGUAACAUCCAAGAGAUGUCGAUUUUUUCGUUCAGCGAGCCCAUUCUGCUGAGGAGUAUACGAGCAAGUUCGCUGGGAAAUUAUUCCUUCACUUAGAAGAUAAUUUUGAAAUCCAUGAUCUAUAUACUCUCCACCAGAAUUAGAUCGCAAAACUUUUAUAGAUGUGGAAAAUUGAUUUUUGACAUAAGCCAUGAAGUGUUUGAAGGCAUCGGAAACACCAGAUUUAUGAUGCAAGAAAUAGACCCACGUGUAGCGACUAUAGUCAUCUAUGAACGUAACAAAGUAUUUGUGGUGAGAAUGAGAGGAAACAGGUGCAAUCCCCCAAACAUCUGAGUGAAUCAAGUCAAAGCAAUUGGUAGUUAUGUCAUUGUGAAUUGGAAAAGGAAGAGCUUUGCGUUUACCCAAUUUGCAACUAUCACAAUUGAACAAAACAUCUUGUAAAGAAACAUGAUCUUUAUUCAAGAGCAGACCAGAUUUCAACAUGAAUGUUAGAUGAUGGGCUUAUUUGUAUCUAGUAUAAUUAUGUGUCUUAUCAUGUAAUUAGUUUAAAAAAAUCUAGGACCAUAGAGAAAUUAAUUGUACAGCUUGUAUAUAUACAUUACGUUGAAUGAAAUUAACCCUAAUGGGAUUUUUCCUCUCAAUUAUGUUCUCUCUCUAAAUCAAACAUGGUAUCAGAGCUUUCGAUCAAAGAAGCUCACCACUGCCGCUACUAGCCACGAUCCACCAAUCCGCCGUCGACUCGCAGAGUCUGCCGUCGUUGUCAGUCACGAUCGCCCAGGUCUCGGGGUAUUUUUUUUCUGUCAGCCUCAAUCACCCAGAUCCGUUUGCUGAUCGUCGAUCUGUUUCUUGGGUCUUAAAGAAACGACACCGCAGGUCGGGACAAACUUACCGGAGGCUGGGUUUUGCUUAAAAGAUUGAUCGAGAGACUGGCGAGAGUCAGAAUAGUGUCACCGGAAGUCGGAGACUACAGCUACUCGUUCGUUGAUGGUCAACGGAUUUUUUGUUGCUCUGGAUCUGGUUUUGCUUUUGCUCUGGGUUUGUUUUUUUUUAUUGAGAGACUAGUGAAUAAAGUUUUGUUUAUGGUUGACGGCUGCUGGUUUUUCAUGGUCGACAACUGUUGUUGGGAUUAGAUAAAGUUUUUUUAAACAUUUGCCUCAGUGAUUUGAAAAGCGCGCGCUAAAGCGCGAGGCGCAGCGCAGCGCACGUUCUGCGGUUCAAAAAAUGGCGCUAUAGCGGAAAACACGAAGGCGCAGAAAAGGCGCCAAGGCGCACGCUAUAGCGCAAGGUGCCGAGGCGCAAGCUUUUUGUCUGUGAUCCAAAAAUUGAUCCAAUGGUGCAGAUUCAGCAGAAAAGACGCGAUGCACUGAAUAAUAUUUGCUUUUAAGUCUAAUUUCAACCUUAAUCGGCUGACGAUCAUACACGAUCCAUACCCAGCAGCAGCCGAGCAGCUUCAGUGACAGGCGAUCAACGAUCGAUCGAGACAGCAACUUCAGGCAUCAGUUUCACUCUUCAGCGACGAGGUAACCUCCUCGUCCUCCUCCUCCUCCGGUACUGUUACAGUGUUACUGGUUCUUCUUCUUCGUUCUUCUUCUUCUUCUUUCUUCUUCUUCCUUCCUGGGCAAUUUUUUCUUUUUCUUUCUUUCUUCUUUUUUCUUUCUCUUUAAACGCCUGUUUCUUUUUAAAUUUUUUUUUACCUCCUGGGCAAUUUUUUUUCUUGGAGGAGGACCAAGUGAGUUCCAAACUCACAAAAGGAUAGAGACGUGUUUGACAUGCAAAAAAAAGAACCGCAUUCCCAAUUUUCUCCCUCUCUCUCUCUCUAGUAAACUGUCUUCAUCCCCUUCAUUCCGUCCAUACUUCUUUUACUUGUACCAUGAAAUAAAUUAAUUCAGUCGCAUUUAUUUCUCUUACCAUACAUUUUUUUCUGUUUAAUUACAUUCGGAAAAUUGAAAGACGGAGUAUAACAGAUUAGAAAAUUUAAUAAGAGCAGUACUAGUCCAUUUGUGUGCACACACAGUACUAUGCCCAUCAAUACAUUGUUCACGUUCAUUACCCCCCUCUCUCUCAGUCUCUCCCCAUUUGAGUCCUUCUGUUUUCUCAUUAAUUACCUCCUGGGCUGUUUUGCUGUUAGAUUUUUUGUUUUUUUUUUUUUCCAGCAGCUAUAUGUGUUUAUGGUAUUAUUUGUACUUGUUAAUCGUAGAUGACAUCUGAAAAUUCUAGUAAAAAGGACCCUGGUUGGAAGUAUUGCGAAAAGGUUGAGCCACACAAUAAUACCAAGUUGAAAUGUAUAUUUUGUAACGAAGUGAAAAAUGAGGGUGUGUCAAGAAUCAAGCAACACCUUGCUGGAGGAGCUAAAAGGAAUACAGCGGCAUGUCACCGAUGCCCACCUGAGGUUAGAGAGGAGAUGAGGGAGUUUAUACGUAAAAUGGAUGAAACAAAGAGUCAAAUUAAGUCUAUACCAGAUAUUGAUGAUGAUGAUUAUGACUUGGACCUGGAUGAUGAUAUUAUUGAAUCCAAUCCCCGUUCUAAGAAAUCUUCUACUCACGGAAGCACAAUCUCCGCAUCUAUUCAUUCUAAGCCUAAGAAACCAAGAAACAUAGGGCCUCUCGACACUUACUACACUCCCGAACCAGAGGUGGUGGUGGAAAAUAGAAAAGCCAAGGGCAAACAGCCAAAAAUUGAUGAAAAUGAACCAUAUAAGAAAAUAUUGAAAGACCAGGCUCAUCAGGCUAUUGCAAGGUGGAUAUAUGAUUGUGGGAUACCUCUAAAUGUUGUGAACAAUGAUAGUUUUGCGCCAAUGAUAGAGGCUAUUGGGCAAUACGGUCCGGGUUUGCCCCCACCAACUUAUCAUCAAGUGCGAGUCCCUCUUCUAAAAAAAGAGGUAGAACAUGUUAACAAGUUGAUGGAGGAGCACAAAAAAGACCAAGAACAAUAUGGGUGUACGCUAAUGAGCGAUGGGUGGACUGAUAGGAAAAAUAGAACAUUGAUGAAUCUUUUGGUGAAUUCUCUGAGGGGGACCAUGUUUCUGAAAUCUAUGGAUGCAUCUGGAAUUGUAAAGGAUGCAGAAAUGAUAUAUGAAUUGCUUGAUGGGUGGGUGGAGCAUAUUGGAGAAACAAACGUGGUUCAAGUUGUUACGGAUAGUGCUGCGGCAAAUGUGGCUGCAGGGAAGUUGUUGGAGGCAAAACGACCUCACUUGUUUUGGUCUUCGUGUGCUGCCCAUUGCUUGGACUUGAUGUUAGAAGACAUUUUUAAAUUACCAAAUUUGAAGACAACUUGGGAAAGGGCAAUAAUGAUUCAUGGUUAUAUUUAUAAUCGACCUUCUUUGUUAAAUAUGAUGAGGCAAUUCACCCAGAGGAAGGAGCUCGUUAAGCCGGCAAAAACUCAGUUUGCAACUGCUUUUUUGCCUUUGCAAAGGGUUUAUGAACAAAAGGGAAACUUAAGGAAGAUGUUUACUUCAGAGAAGUGGACCAAUAGCAAAUGGGCAAAAGAGCAAGGAGGAAAAUAUGUAGAAAAAGUCAUGUUGAUGGCCUCAUUUUGGAGGAAUGUGCUCCUUGCCCUCAAGUUCGCUUCCCCACUUGUUAAGGUACUUAGAUUGGUUGAUGGAGAAGUCAAGCCUCCAAUGGGAUACAUUUAUGAGGCUAUGGAUCGGGCUAAAGAAACUAUUGCAAAUUCCUUCAAUCAAAAUAAGGAGAUGUAUGAUGAGGUCUAUAAGAUAAUCGACAAGAGGUGGGAAUCCCAAUUGCAUCGGCCUUUGUAUGCAGCUGGUUUUUACUUAAAUCUUGAAUUUUUUUACAAAAAUCCAGAGGCUUGCAAAGUUCCAGAAGUCAUUGGAGGCCUAUACAGAUGUAUCACAAAGUUGAUUCCCAAUAAUGAUACACAAGACCUUAUUUGUGCCGACUUGAUGAAGUAUGAGAGAGCUGAACGACUCUUCGGUAACCCAGGGGCAAUAAGGCAAAGAAAUACAAGGGCACCAGCUGAUUGGGGGGCCUCAUUUGGUCAUGACACUCCCGACUUGCAAAAAUUUGCCGUCAAAGUUCUUAGCCUUACUUGUAGUUCCUCGGGAUGUGAGCGUAAUUGGAGUGUCUUUGAGCAUAUUCACACAAAAAAAAGGAAUAGACUAGCUCAAAAGCAUCUCAAUGAUUUGGUAGUUGUUAAGUACAAUAGAGCAUUGAAACGUCGAUACCUCAAACGUGAUCGCAUUGAUCCUAUAUCCUUGAAAGAUAUUGAUGAGAGCAAUGAAUGGUUGGUUGGGAAGAUGGAGGAAGAAGCUGUGUUUGAGGGUGAUGAUUUGAAUUGGGAUGAUGUUGCUUUAGCUUCUGGAGCCGAAGAACCAAGGAAAACAACCAGAGCAUCAAGUUCAAAGUCAACAGACUCAACACCUAUCGCGAAAAUGGCAAAACCAACUCUAAAGGCUAAGGCUUCAAGAGGAAAGACAUCUCUUAUAGAUGAGGUGAUCGAAGAGGGAGAAUGGGAGACGGAUGAUGAGGAGGAGGAAGAUGUGGAAGGAUAUAAAUCAGAAUCAUCAGAUGAUAAUGAUGAAAUUGAAGAUGAAGUUCUUGGUUCUGAGAAUGAUGAUUAAUGUCUAUGCAUGACUUUAGAUUUUAUUGUCUUUAAUCCUUUUGUUAUGUCUCUAAGGCCAAACAUUAUUAUGUUAGCUUUUCAUGGAUGAUAUGUUAUGUUUCGUGUUUGGUACUUUCGUUUAACCAUUGACAUGUUAUGUUUUAUGACAUUUGAAAGUUUUACAAGCGUGUUUGUGUUGACAACUUGUUCUAAUAAAAUUUGCCUCGUUACGAAGGAA